AUGGUAUGCGAGAUGAAGACCAAUGGAAUAUGGGAGGGUGUCAACAUCACAGGCGAUCCUGGCAUUGGCAAAUCAAUGUGGGUUUCUUACUUAAUGAGCUCAAUUGUCUCACUUGGAGACUGCUCCUUCUGGUAUCACAGUGUUCACUUUGGAUUCUCUGCUUAUUUCAUCUUCAAGAAUUAUGUACUCUCUGUCACCUUCACUACCAAUCCCAGAGAUGUCCUCUAUGUAACUGAUCCAGAAACAUGGUACAUUGUAGACGGAGUCGAACCUGUGCCCACGACUCUAUUCACCAUACUUCUUUCAUCACCCUCCAAUGAAGUCAUCCACAGAGAGUUCAGGAAGGCUGGUGACUCUAAUGACAUCAAAUACAUGCCCGACUGGACACUACAGGAGAUUAAUGAAGCCAACAACCUGCUCCAGCAUCCAUUGACACCAGACCAGAUCACUAAUGGCUUUCACAAAUGGGGAGGUAUACCCCGAUAUGUCUUGCAACUGAUCGCAGGGACAACAGGACCUUCUUCAACGAGCAUUGGCAAUCGAGUCCAUGCAAGCUGUGCUCCAAUCAUCUCUCUCAGACGACACUGA